UUUUCUUGUCAAAACAAACAUAACCUCAAAAAGAUCGUUAUUGAGUCGUUAAAAACCCGGUCAAUUUAUCAUAACCCUGUUUAAAAAUGUCAAAAGCACACCCGCCGGAAUUAAAAAAGUUUAUGGAUAAAAAACUGAGUUUAAAGCUGAAUGGUGGACGGCAAGUUGUGGGUAUUUUAAGAGGUUUCGAUCCUUUUAUGAACCUGGUGGUGGAUGAGACGAUUGAAGAAUGUAAAGAUGGGUCAAAAAAUAAUAUUGGAAUGAUUGUAAUUCGCGGAAAUAGUAUUGUAAUGUUGGAAGCGUUAGAUCGAGUAUAAUAAGAAUUUUUUUAAAUGUAAGUUAUGAUUUUGUAAGCUUAGAUAUGAAUAAAUAAAAUAUAUUCGUAUAAAUUUU